CGAUAGACGUUAAUUUUUCAUAUUUCGCAUUCGCUUUCAUAUUUUCUCUACUUGGUUCCAUUUGUCUGCAGAUACUUUUUUGUGACAGGCGAAAAUUAUCAAAAGACUUUUUCCUUUGAGCAGAAUUGAACGUAUAAAUCAAUAUACCAUUCUCAUUCAUAGAAUUAAACAUGAGUUAUCCAACUAGUUCAGUCGAGACCGCUGAAAACUGAAAACUGGGCCGUGGUAAUUUACGAUGAGUAGCAAAUCAUCGGGCUCGACUGCCACUUAUCAAGACAUACCAGCGAAUGGAAAUAAACAAUUACACAAUCGGUCUACAGCUACAACACAACAGUAUAUACACUCAGCGAUUGCAUUCGUCACAGUUUCCGAAAAUUCCAAUAUUCUAGAAGAUUCCCAUUAUGAAAAAGCAAACACUCAAACGUGGUUCAACAAAAUGGAAUCAGAUCAAAUUCUAUGUAAUUCGGUGAGCAAAAAUUCCAAAACGUCAAAAAAGAAGGGCCAUUUGUCAGCAAUGAAAUUGUGUCUCUCCGAGAAUGCUCUAGAAUGUUUUUUACAAGGUCACAAAUCUCUGCUGGCUUUCGACUUGUCUCUUGGAAUGGGCCAGCUAACUCGCAUCACUCCAACAUCAGAACAAGUGCUCUUCGCUGCAAGUGAGGCCCAUAACAAACUGCCGCCUUUGAUUGGUGCCUAUGACGUCAUUACGGAGAGAACGCACUUCCAAAUGACGCCAAAUUCAAUUUCUGGAAGCCAGUGCCAGCUAUCAGAAAGAGUUGCAGAUUUCGUGCCCUGCGAUUCGGACCCGGACAUUUUGGGUCAAAGUUUAAUCACUUCUUGUGGAAAUAUAAAAACAGUGCUUCACAAUGCCAUUCCAAUUGGACCUACAAAAGAGUUCUCCAGUUUUGAUUGUUCUGGCGUUAAUCAUUACUGUCCUGCAGACGGGAUCAAAAGAGCUGCCUUCAUUAAAGUCAGUUUGGCCCUGGCAACCAUCAAACGGAUUCGGGCUAAUUACUUCACGCUGAGAUAUGGCACUAAACAAUCACAUAGAAAAUUUCUUCACUGCUUCUGCAAUACAAGACAAGUCGACUUGUGGCUCAUGGACAUUUCGAAACAGAUCAUAGUGUCCAACUACAAUCUAUCUUCGGCUAUCAACACGUCAUCAAAAGUAGAGAGAAUCGCCAUUCUCUAUUUAACGAGAGCGAGUGUUGGGUCAGUUGACCGAAUUGUCGCAAUUAGCCGAUUGGAACUGCAGGUUUACAAAGCAGACUUAAGCGACGUUUUGCAAGGAGAUCCUGAGUUGACCUUGAAACUUGAGGCUCUUUCUUGUGAUUGCGAAGUUCAGUCUUCGAAUUCUAAAUUCGAAACUAGAGUUCACCACAAAGAUGAGCUCAUUUUAAUUAAGUUCGAUGCAAAUGAAGAAUUGCAACACUUCAAAAUGGUUUUAAAUACUGCAACUCAGCACCUCGUGAAUCGCAAUUUGGCACUCAUCAACUCGUCAGCCUAUCAGAUUGCUCGAUCGUCAUCCAGCCUCCUCUCGGACAGCCGAACAUUCCUGUCGUGCACACCAUCUUCCUUAUAUGGAAAUAUGAACUACAUUCCACAACCUGUCUGUAAUCGGACUCUGUCGUUUCACGAGAACAUUCAACUCGGCUGUUCUCGUCUAAAUCUAACCAAUGGGGGACUUGCAAACAAUAACAGUGAUGUCAGUUUGCAGGAUAACAGUUUUCACCGGCCAAACGAAACGACAGCUCAACCAGAUGCAAUGAAGAAACCUUCGAAACGAAAAUUUUCCGCCAAAAUUUUAGAAUUUGUUAGUUCUGUCAAAUAAAAUUAGCU